CAUCAGGCCCCACUCAUGAACGCUGACUGCGGAUUGGCUGGGUCACCUGGUAUAAAUUGUACCUGUCUCUUCCCUCCCCCAGGGAACAAUAGUCAGUUUUUUUCUGCUCAGUUUAAUGGUUGCUAUGGGCUACUUCUCCUGGUUACCGCACCGGGCACUUGUGUUAAUAACUCUUCUCUUUCUCUGACCUUUACACUGGGUUCUACUGACACUACUGGGAAUCAGUCUAUAUGGCAGCUCCCACCUGCCCAUCUUCCUACAUAUUCCCCUUUCUCUCUCCUCAGGUGUGUGAUUUAUGUCGCCAGAAGUUUCUCCCGUUAUGACUCGCAGAUUGAACCGUUGCCUCCCCACAUUAAGGACAAGCUGAUAAAACUGUUGAGUGCUCACGGGCAUAUCUCAGACUCAAACAUCAGUCAGGUUCUGCACCCCGGGGUGAUGAAACUGGACCUACGGGAGUGCGACAUCUCGGAUGUUUCUCUUCAGCUCAUUUCUCGUUGCAGCCAAUUAAAAGAAAUUAAUGUCAAUGCUCGUAAAGGGGAGGAGAGAACUUCCAUCACUUCUGAAGGUAUCUCAGCCCUGGCCCAGUCCUGCCCCAAUCUCAGUGUGAUCUCUAUGAAAAGAUGCUGCAACAUCACAGACCAUGGGCUCCUGUCUGUCACCCGCAACUGUCGUCUCCUGCGAGUCGUUAAUCUGAGCGGCUGCUCCGGGAUCAGCGAUGGGUCCCUGGGGGCCCUGGGUCAGAACUGCACUUUCCUACAGAGCGUGGACUUCUCCUCUACCAAGGUCACAGAUGACGGCGUUAGAGCCCUGGUGAGUGGCAGUUGCGCACAGACGUUAAAGGAAGUUCUCAUGAGCCGCUGUGUUUUACUGACGGACCGAGCGGUGGAAUACGUCGUCCUCUCCUGCCCCCACAUCAACAUCUUUGUGUUCCACGGAUGCCCCCUCGUCACAGGUUGGUCACGGGAGAUUCUGGAGCGCAUGGCUCAAUCCAACAAACUGAAACAAGUCACCUGGACAAUUUACUGAAGCCUCGGACUCCUGACACCCUUUUUGGGGCUCAUUCACCUUUUCUCCACGUUCUGAAGGCAAAUAGGAACUGUGUAUUUGGGGGGGGUAUUUAAUUUGUUCUGUUAUUGGAGAAUAAUGAGUGUGGGAGUUGCCAUACACAUAGGGGUGAUUCCAUUCCAAUAAAACAAAGAGAAUAUUUCUAAUAUAA